GUUACGAUCAGUUCCGAUUUCCGCCGCAUUUGAGUGUCCUUUUUUUCGUUUCCCACCAUGUUUAAAGUUCGCCGUUGGUUUAGUUGGUUGAUCAACAGAUCGCCCACGCGUUAUCGAAACUUGUGUAACAGCUUAAACACCGUCAGCAGUGAUUUUGAAUUCAGUAGCGUGGAAAAUUUGUACGAAGAGAUCGGGAAACAUAACGGCAGGGAUUUGAGGGAUCACAUAGCGUACAAUCUAUACCUCCGGCAGUACUUCUAUGCUUUACGCGACUCACGGCUGAACGCAAAUCGGAGUGCCGACGAUAUGUCUUCUGUUCGAAACUCCGAUGACCUGGAAGGAGAGCUGUAUCAAUUUUGGGAGGAAGACUUGCUGAAACGGCCUCGCGGAAGGAUGUAUUCCCCGAAUUUGCCCCGGAUUUGCAUCUGUAGUUGCGAGAAGGUUUGGCAAAAAGUGGCUCCGUCAGUGAGUUUUGCCUCAUGGGAUGCUGGAUGGGUGUUUCAAGGUGACGACCGAAAUAUGCACAAACUGGCCCGAAAAUCUUGUGAACGGGUCGAGGACAGACUUUUCGAAGGCGUCGAUGGGUACGGAUUCUUCAACUUUCGGUAUUAUUGAAUGGGGCAAAUGAUUUUUUACAGUUUCAAUAAGAUCAAUCUUGUAAAACACGCAUAAAUACAGUUCUGAGUUAUUUGACUCCUAAUCUUCCGUAUGCUUCAGUGUUUCGAUUCUACAUAAGAGAAUAACGCAAAUAUUGAUUAUUUAAAGUUUGUAGUCUAUGUAACUAAUUUUGUAGCUUUUAUUAAAAAAAAACGUAAAUUUAGUUUAUCGCAAGAGAAGUAAAAAUUAUAGAGAAAAUUCAUAGAAAUGAGUAGUAGAACCCCAGACAAACAGAUUUGACUCUAAAUCACAGAAACAUUAUUAGGUACCCAAUAUAUAAUAGUUUCGACCAAUUUAGCAGAUUUUUUUUCUCUGUUAUCGUUGAUUUUGAACUUUUGAUGUCUUUAGAGAAAUCCUGUGCGUUGGUUGACUGUUUGAACCAACCGUUGAAUGAGUAUAUAAUGAACAUAAUCCGAGUAUAAUCUUCGUUUGUCUGUGGUAAAACAAAGAUAUGGCUAGAUUUCUUGAUUGCAACGCCGGACAACAGCGAU